UCCUGUUUUCCUCCCUGUAAUGUUACAUGGUUCCAGAGAGGAGGGUGCAGAAGGGCGUAUCCCCACCCCACCCAAUACAUGAUAAGCAUGCUAUACAUUUAUACAAUAGAAGAUUUUAUACACGUCUCCUGAUUAUAGGUAAGUAAAUUUCUCCGAUGUAACAAAAACAUUUAACAUUUGAAACAAACAAGAAAUGGUUAUUCGAUGUUGUUGUAUUUUGUACGGGCGACAGUCUUUGCCAAGUAACGUUUUGAUAACGUUUGUAAUGUUUUGGUCAAAUCCAAUAUUCAAGUGUACACUUUCCUUUUGCCGGCAUUUUGCACCAAGGCGGCAUAACUCAUAUCGGUCACUAGUUAUUUGAAUUUACACAACCCUUUUUUAUUAACUCUUGACCACAAAAUGUGACCCUUUUUCAAAAGACUGUAUCCGUGCUUGUUUGUGCCCAAAAGUAAAUGCGGAAAAUGCAAAGUCAUGCUGUAUCCUGUGGAGUGUUGCAAAUGCAUGACCUCGUCAUGAUGCAUGAGCACGGUUCUCUAACAGGGAAGAUCUGGCACGAAUACCUAAAACGGAGCGCUGAUAUUGUACAUACGUGGCAUAAUGGCUGCGCAAUACUCAGAAGACGCAAAAUCAAACAACUCUCACAAAACAGCAUUGAGUAACUAUGGCAACGUAAUCAUCACCAACAAUGGUAAAUCCCCGAACAUCAACGAUCAUGCGACGUCCAUCCACGACGACAACACAUACGCUACGUACCCAACUGCGAUGGAGAAGUACACGUCGUGUCGGUUCCGGCUUUGCUACAUCUUGCUCGUUGCCUUCGCGUUACAGCUGACUGUUCAAAAUGGAAUGGCCUUUGCCCUCGUUUGCAUGACCAGGGGUAACGCGGGUCAUCCCACCACCAAGGGGGAUAACUCCACAUAUGCGACAAACUCCAGCAUGAUUUGGACUAAUGGUUCAGAUUACAAGUAUCCUGACUUCAACGAGGCAGGAAAUGGGACCAUAUUCCAGAAACCUGAGUUCGACUGGGACAGCGAGACUCAGGGUCUGAUUCUCUCGUCCGCCUUCUACACCGGCAUCGUCUCCCCCAUCAUCGGCAGCGCCCUCUCCAGAAGGUUCGGGCCCAAGAACGUCAUCUUCAUCGGCCUGUUUGUUGGGGGAUUGUCGUCAUUGUUGAUACCAACGGCGGCCCGCGCCAGCGUCUAUGCAGUGGUCGUUUUGAGACUUCUAAUGGGCUUCUUUUUGAAUCUAAUCGUCCCGGCAACCCAGGACCUGUGGGCACAGUGGGCCCCUGUACAAGACAAGCCACAGCUCCUCGCCUUCACUUACGCAGGCUACAACAUUGCCAACAUCAUCACAUUUGCAGCCUCCGGUUAUCUCUGCACAAUACCUAUUGAUAACGGUUGGCCCUUCAUCUUCUAUGUCUUUGGAUGCUUGGCUGUCUUGUGGAGUGGACUAUGGCUGCUGACAGUUCACGAAACACCGGAGUCCCAUCCCGCCAUCUCACAACAGGAGUUGCAGCACAUCGCCAGACACAGACAGGGUGUAGAUGCUGGCAAGAAAGCAGAGAUCCCUUGGCGAUGCCUUCUGACCAGUCCUCCUGUCUGGGCGUUUAUAGUCAUUUUCUUCUGCCAUUUCUGGAACGCCAGCCUCCUGUUUAGUUAUUUACCAACUUACAUGAGCACUGUGCUGCUGUUUGACGUCGAGCAGAACGGCUUGUUGUCAGCGGUGCCUUACAUCACACGGUUCUGUGGGAUUCUCAGCUGGACUACUCUGUCCUCACAUCUCAGUGAGAGAUUCAGCGUCACCACAGCCAGAAAGACCGUGCAGACUCUAGGGUUUGUGGCAGCUGCUCUACUGACAAUAGUAAUCAUCCUCAUCCCCGUGUCUCAGAGGACAGUCUCUGUCGUGCUGUUUGCCGGACUGACGUUCAGCCAGAGCUCCACCGUUGCCGGGGCUCUCGUCACGACGCUGGACAUGGCUCCCCAGUUCGCAUCAGUAAUUACAGCACUAGGGACAGCCGUGGCAGUGGUGGCACAGAUGUUGUCCCCGUUGACUGCGUCCUACAUCAUCGUCGACAGGACCAAGGAGCAAUGGAACAUCGCAUUCUACCUCACAGUUGGCAUCUACCUGUUUGCCAUUAUUGUGUUUCUUAUUUUCGGAAAUGGGGAGUUACAGCCAUGGGCAGAUAACUCUUGUAAAGGCAAGACUGAGGAACUCAAAGAGGUUCACCUGAACAGAGCCUACAAAACUGACACUCCCCCAGAGAGUGAACCUGAAGAAAAGAGAGGAUUUGGUUCAGAAAUAACAGUUACGCAUUUGUGAUAAGAAGACUCCCAUAUAAGAUUCUUUCAAUCCUUAUCUCAAAUGCCUUUUUCGAGAUCCUGGAUCUCCCUCUGUAUAAUACAUACGUUUUAUUCCUGAAACAUUCCUGACGUCGGAAAUACAAUGCCUGAGUGAACAGACCCAUUUAUUAUGUCUGUAUUUAUGUCUGUAUUUAUUAUAUACAGACCUGUCUCCCACAUUAGACAUUUGAGUUCUCUUUUAUGUUGUCAGUUUCAAUGUGUAGCCUUUUAGAAUACGCACAUUCAGACUGAACAAUGGAAAGACAAUCUGAAGAAGCGGGUCGUAAGGCAUCUUCCCGAGGCAAGUGUGUCCACUAGCUUAUAUCAAAGCCUCCUUUCUACUCUUACUACAUCAAGGCCACUUUUCUUUGCUCGACCCUGGCGCCACCUCGCGUAGAUCACGUGUUGUGCCCCUUGUAAUGAAAACGCGAUAUCCAAUCAGGUCGCUGUUCUUAUCUCGUGUAGCUUCACAAAGAUGGCGACUACCAUAGGGGACGACCUUGCCGAUCAGAUAACGAAAACAUUCGCGAUUUCAUCUCCGACACAAAAACAUAGGCAAUCGUUGGUGGCUUUGAAAAGUGAGAAAGACAUAUUCGUGUCAACAAAGACAGGCAGUGGUACAUGACUUUCAUACGAAGGUGUACCAGUCGUGUAUGUUGAUUUUGUGAAACGUCCUCUGAUUGGACUAUCGAUAUGUACGAUAGACCAAUCAUAUUUAGCACAGGGCUUGGUGUGGAAAGGGUGGAAACAAGACUUUGAUAAAAAGGCUAGUGGGCGCUCUUGCCUCGGGAAGAUGGUCGUAAGGCUGUUGCAUUUAAAAACGCGUUUUGAAGAAUAUCACAUCACUGUUUGUAUAUCACGUAUACGUAUAUGUAAAUGUGCGUCCGAUGUGAAAUACGAAUAA